AUGCCUCACGUCGACAUCUUGUUCAGCCAGUUGCAGAAGAGAAAAACCGAGCCAGCGCAAGUUCAAACAGAUAUUAAUAAUUUUGAAAAAUGUAUUGUCGAUGUGAGAAAUAAAAUUGAUGACAUAAUAAAUGAAGCCAAAAGUAUUUGCACUGAACGCCAAGGCAACAAAAGGAGACGACGUAAUAAUAGCAGUCACGAUCACCGAGUUGCCGCAUUAGAAGUAUGCGACAAUAUAGUGAAUUCUGCAAAUGACAGAUUUCAAUUCAUAGAUCAUUUGGUAGCCGCAUCCCUUUUUUUCCCCGAACACUUUGGAGCAUACUGUGGUAAGUUUCCUGAUGACAAGUUGGAAACUUCCUGCUUGGCUUAUCCCGAAUUAGAAAAAAGUCGUUUAAAGACAGAGUUGUCCGUUAUUUAUCCACGGAAUCAUUGCCGAGAUUUACAUGGAACUCUGUCUCUUUUGAAAUCUUUGAUACAAAAUAGUUUGGAGGAAACACUAACAGAAACAAAAAAGCUAUUAGAAAUUAUUGUUACAACUCCUAUGUCAACAUCAGAGGCUGAGCGAAAUUUCUCAACAUUGAAAAGAAUCAAGACGAAAUAG